UGGGUGCAGAGGGGCUCCCGAGUAAGGCUCGGCUUUCAGCCUCCCACCCCAGGACUGAUCAUGAGCUGAAGGCGGGGUGAGAGUGAUGUAACAGGAAGCCGGAGACUUGCCUGCUAAUGAUGAUGCCCUUGUCCUGAUCACUCACUCUCCUGACAGUGUUUCCAGCACUAAACUUCAAGCAGGCAACCCGAGAGGAGCUGCUACACACUCUGGGAGUGCACAGUACGGUGACUGGCAGCCUCUGUUCUGGAUUACCCCUCGACACCCCCUCACUUUCCACAUCUUAAACAGAAGGACCAGCUAUCUGCAGCUUGGAAAGAAGCAGAGAGAUUCCCCCCCCCUCCCCCUCCCCAGUCCCCCCCAUUCUUGAGGAUCCAGUCCUACUCUGGUUGGCUGUCAUUUUCAAUAGUGAAUUACUCCAGACAAUGUCUUCAAUGAAAGGAAAACUGGUGUUUCAGAUUUUGUUCCUUAUUUCAAUUUCAAAGCUGUUUGCCGCAGCCCGGAUGAAUAACAGUACAGGGAGUGUGCCAAUGCAAGGAUAUAAUGGACUUGGCUUCACCAGGGAAAAAAUAAUGACUGCACAAUACGAAUGCUACCAAAAGAUUAUGCAGGCUUCCAUGUACACAGGAAAUGCGACAGGCACUGCUUGUAACAGAACCUGGGAUGGAUGGUUAUGCUGGGAAGAUACUCCUCCAGGGACAGUGGCUGUCCAACGAUGUCCAGACUAUUUUCAAGACUUUGAUCCAUCAGAGAAAGCAAUAAAGAUUUGUGAUGAAACUGGACAAUGGUUUCGACACCCAGAGAGUAACAGAACCUGGACAAACUACACACAGUGUAAUGCAUAUACAAAGGAAAAGCUAAAGACAGCAUUGAAUUUAUUGUACUUGGCAGUGAUUGGGCAUGGAUUAUCAAUGGCCUCGCUGCUGAUUUCUCUUGGCAUAUUCUUUUACUUCAAGAGUUUAAGUUGCCAGAGGAUAACACUUCACAAAAAUCUAUUUUUCUCAUUUGUUUGUAACUCCAUUAUCACUAUCAUCUGGCUAACAGCUGUGGCAAAUAAUCAGAAGUUUGUUGCAAGUAAUCCGGUCAGCUGUAAAGUGUGCAUGUUCAUCCAUUUGUACUUAAUGGGCUGCAAUUAUUUCUGGAUGUUGUGUGAAGGAAUUUACCUUCACACACUGAUUGUUGUUGCUGUCUUUGCUGAGAAACAACACUUGCUAUGGUAUUAUCUUCUUGGAUGGGGGUUCCCACUCAUUCCUGCCACAAUACACGCAAUAGCAAGAAGCUUAUAUUACAAUGAUAACUGCUGGAUUAGUUCUGAAACUCAUCUGCUAUACAUCAUUCAUGGCCCUAUUUGUGCAGCCUUACUGGUAAACUUGUUUUUCUUGCUGAACAUCGUCCGUGUCCUUAUAACCAAGUUGAAAGUCACACACCGAACAGAAUCAAACCUGUACAUGAAAGCCGUGAGGGCGACCCUGAUAUUAGUUCCACUGCUUGGGAUCCAGUUUGUCCUGGUCCCAUGGAAGCCAGAAGGCCGAAUAGCUGAAGAAGUCUAUGACUAUGUGAUGCAUAUUUUAAUGCAUUAUCAGGGUUUAUUGGUGGCUACAAUAUUCUGCUUCUUCAAUGGAGAGGUUCAAGGUAUUUUAAGACGCCACUGGAUGCAGUAUAACAUUCAGUUUGGGAAUAGUCUGACACACUCAGAAGGCCUACGCUCUACCUCUUGCACUGGAACUUCCAUCACAGAAGUACACGGGAGCCUGUACAAUCAUGAUCCCAGCAAUGAAUAUGCAAAUGGAAAAAAUUUUCAUGACAUUGAAAUCAUUGGUGUCAAAGCUGGGGAAACACAUACCUAAAGAAAAUCAAGAGCGCCUGCCAGUGAUGAAGAUUUCAGUGACCAUAGACUUUCUCCUUUCAAGACCUAGUUCGGUCUUCACUGAAAGUUAUUUUCAUCAUCAGCCAUCAUCUUGUUACUUCCCAAUUGUUUAUUUCACCUGAUGAAAUAAAAGUCAGAACAGAUAAAACUAUGGCCUGUGACAUUGUUGGAAGAAAGUCUCUUCCACUGAAAUAGGAGACUUGCAAUGUUCUUGUAUUUCUGGUCUUCACACUACCAGCAGGAAUUAUCCUGCAAACUGUCAGGCAGCAAAGGUAGGUGCAAUAGUUGAUUCUAAUUUCAUAGAAAGGUGGUCUUUGUCACACGGAUGAUUUAAUAUCCUGAUUACUGUACAAUCAUUCACUUGUGCCGAUAUUAUUAUACAGCUGAUCAAUUCCAAUCUCUGUGUUUGGUGUAACUUCAACUGGUGAAGAAUAAAAUCUUCUUAACAUUCCCUCAGGGUUUAGGCUCACUGCCCUAAUGAUAUAUUAGUUUUAUGUUUUCUAUAUUUUAUAUUAAAACAAGCUCUUAUAAUUAUCAUAUAAGAAAACCCUUAUGACAUAACUAUCUUGCAGUAUUGAACUUUUGAAUUUCUUAAUGCUGGAAAAUAGAAUAGUAUUCAAUUAUUAUAACUUUUUUCUCUGUAAAUAUGAUUUGUGAAAUUUCGGUGUAUUUAUUGCUUGGUGAGUAAAAGUUGUAACAAAAUGUGCAAAGUGUUCUUUUCACAUUUUGAUCUUUCCUGGUAGUGUGACUGUAUUUCAUUUUUGACAUGUGCAAUGUGUGUUUGAGGUUAUAUACCAAAAAUGGAAUAAACUUUUGCUUUCCAUGUUCCAAGUUUUUCUCAGAUUCCAAAAUGACUUGGAAUCUAUACUGGACAUUUCACAUCAAUUCGUUUGUAGGCAGAGAGAGAGGAGAAUCUUUGACAACGUCUGUAAGGAAAAUGAGGGAUGGAACUUCUUCAAGUUGGUUCUAAUUAAAUAUGUAUCAAAAUACUCUAUGUACAUAUUCUAUUGGAUCUUUUAUACUUAAAAACAAUCUCAUACAUAACACAACAAUGUGUGGCAACUAAAGCCAAUAUCUAUACACCAGAUCAUACAAUAUUUCAGUACAGAUAUGGUUCUCUGGUCCAUUAAGUCUGCAUUAAUGUUUUUUUGCACACGUUUAAUCCCACUCAUUCGCUGACUACCCUCAAAUAUUCUUUCUUGAAGAUUCAUGGACUCUUUCGAUGAUACCAUCAAAUUCAUCAUUAUCUCUUUAUUAGAUUUUACGUAAAGAAACCAAACAUCAUGAAAAAAAGUAGGAAAGGGAAACCAGGCAAACAUGUAACAUUUAAGAAAGGAUAUGUAUUUAUACUGUGGAUAACAGACCUUCCAUGAAAAUGGAGGAGACUUUUUGAAAUGGUUUAUAAUAAAUUGUCUACGGAAUAUUGAAAAAGCAAAUUUUGAAUUUAAUGGCAACAAAUAAUUCUGAUUAAUAAGUGGUACAAAUGUCAUAAUCUAAUCUGUUUGAUAGUUGCCAUCUUGAGUUUCCAACGCACUAGAUUUCUCCACUGUUGCACAACGGUUACAAUACAUAAAUGAUCUCAUGGGGCAAAUUGUUCCUGCUUUUGAGAUUAACUCUGGGGAUGGAAUUAAAGAAAUGAUAGUGGGCAGAGUGUAAAUCCUAGAUAAGGUUUCAGUUAAAAGUGUAUUCUGUUUCUAAAAUCAUUAAAAUAUAGCUUUCAUCCAAACCAAAGUGGAUCUUUUCUCCUCAACCUAUUAUCUGCUGUAUGAAUGUCAAUGCUUACUUUUGACUGUUUUGAUUUUCAUGUUUAUUAAUGUCUUCACUGAAAUGCUUGUGGCCACAGCUGAAUGUUUUGUUUUGUCAAAGAGAGAAUCAUUUGUUCAGUCUGUGUGAUAAUGAAUAUGAGAGUCAAGAACUUAAUAAAAGAGUGCUUUCAGCAUAACAAACCUAAAUGAUGUGCAUGUGUGUCUAAGUGUGAUGACAGAUCUGUGUUUCUGCAGGGUGCUGUGACCAUAACAUUUUAAGAGGAUUAUAUAAAGUUUUUAAAUAUUUGGAAAAAUUAAAAUAAAGUUAUUCAUGUUA